AUGAAGCUUCAGUUUAAAAGCUCGCUUCAGCUGCAAAACACCACAAACAAAUUCAAGAUGUUUCGUCUCGUCGUCUUUGCUUGCAUUGCUUUGUGUCUAGUACAAGGAUCUUUUCUUCCUGCACAACCUUAUGAUUACGGAUAUGCCGUCAACAAUCUCUUCAGCCACCAGUACAAGCAAGAAGCCGGAAACGGCGUUGGAGGUGUAGUGGGACGCUACGGUACCGUUGACGCUAGAGGAAACUUCCAAUAUAGGAAUUAUGCAUCGGGUGCCGGAUAUCCCAUCUACGGCUAUGGAUUAAAUGGAUACGGACUCAGAUACGAUGGAUAUGGACUUCCAUAUGGGGCUUAAGGAAACCUUGGUUAUGGUUAUGGUUAUGGAGGCGUAUUGGGACAUCCCGCCUUGAUUUAAGUUACCACCAUUUCUUCUAUGGAGUGGAGUUGAUCCUAUUAUAAUUAAAUCAGAUAAUGAUUCUUUCAUAACUGAUUAUUUUCAAUAAGUCAGUGACAUUAAAAUAUUUUAUGUUUUAAAUUCUUAAUUAAAAAUAUUGUAAACUAUUAUCUAAAUAGAUAUUCAGAUAUGAAUAUUUUAUU